UCGAGACCCCCGCGCGCCAUAGAGACUGUAGUCGUGGAGACAGUUACUUACCAACGGGAGCAACACUCAGCAACAGCAGCAGCAGCAGCAACUGGAGGCGAGCGAACAAGUGAGAGAAAAGAAAGCACAGCCAGGGCAAAACUAAUCACGACAAAAGAAGAAAUAUUUUGUCACAAGUAUCCCACAAUGCAGAGCUCCGAGGGAGGGUCUGACUCGCCGACGACGGUGGCUCUGCGCAGCGCCACCUCUGCCCAAGCCCCGGUAGUGCAGCCAGUGCCUGCUUCACAACAGCGAGUGCUGGUUCAGGCCACAGGAUCAUCUCAGAAGAGUCCUCAGGUGCAGCAGCUCUCAGUUCCCAGGGUACAACAGGUGUCACAGCAGGUCCAGCAGGUCCAGCAUGUGUACCCGUCCCAGGUCCAGUACGUGGAGAGCGGUGAGGCAGUCUACACCAACGGAACCAUCCGGACGGCGUACUCCUACAACCACGAGGCGCAGCUGUACGGGCAGGGCAGCGGCGGCGCCUACUUCGACUCCCCGGCGGGCGGCGCCCAGGUCACCACGGUGUGUUCGGCCAGCGGCGUGCACCCGCACGGAAGUGGCAUCUCCAUGGACGUGGGCGGCAGCCAGAUCAUCUCCAGCGGCAGCGCCUACCUCAUCCACGGCAGCAGCAUGGAGGGGGGGCACCACAACACCCCCACCUCACGCUCCUCAUCCGCUAUGCUUGAAAUGGCGAUUGAAAACCUCCAAAAGUCUGAAGGGAUUGCCACUCACAAAAGCAGCCUGCUCAACAGCCAUCUGCAGUGGCUGCUGGAUAACUACGAGACGGCGGAGGGCGUGAGCCUGGCGCGCUGCUCGCUCUAUAACCACUACCUGCGCCACUGCCAGGAGCAGAAGCUCGACCCCGUCAACGCCGCCUCCUUCGGCAAGCUCAUCCGCUCCGUCUUCAUGGGGCUGCGCACCAGGCGCCUGGGCACCAGGGGGAACUCAAAGUACCACUAUUACGGCAUCCGGAUAAAGCCGGACUCCCCCCUCAACCGGCUGCAGGAGGACUCCCAGUACAUGGCCAUGAGGCAGCAGCCUGUGCACCAGAAACAGAGGUUUAAGCCACUGCAGAAGGUGGACAGCGUGGGGUACGGCUUGUCCGGCGGCUCCAAUAACGCCUCCAGCACCCCCGAGCAGUCCGUAGCCGCCCAGAGCCAGCACCACCAGCAGUACAUCGAUGUGUCGCACGCUCUUCCUCCCUUCCCUCCGCUGGACCUGGGCCCCGUGCCCCUCCCUGAGCGCAUCAACAUGGCCGACAUCAAGAAGCUGCAGACCCUCUACAGGGACCACUGCGAGGCAACACUGGAUGUUGUGAUGAACCUGCAGUUCCACUACAUUGAGAAGCUCUGGCUGUCCUUCUGGUGUUCGAGUGCGCCAUCUAGUGACGGGUCCACUACAAUCACUAACAGCGAUGAGGACAUGGAGAACGUGAUUCCGCACGAGAAGCUGGUAGCGCUGUGCAAGUACGAGCCGGUGAAGCAGUGGAUGCGCAGCUGUGACCACAUCCUGUACCAGGCCCUCGUGGAGAUCCUCAUCCCAGACGUCCUGAGACCUGUGCCCAGUACUCUGACUCAGGCCAUCCGUAACUUUGCCAAGAGCCUGGAGAGCUGGCUCACAUCGGCCAUGUGUGACUUCCCCCAGGAGACCGUGCGCACCAAGGUGGCGGUAGUGUCUGCGUUCGCCCAGACGCUGCGCAGGUACACCUCUCUGAACCACCUGGCCCAGGCGGCCCGCGCCGUGCUGCAGAACACCUCCCAGAUCAACCAGAUGCUCUCCGACCUCAACCGCGUCGACUUCGCCAACGUGCAGGAGCAGGCGUCGUGGGUGUGCCAGUGUGACGAGAGUGUGGUGCAGCGUCUGGAGCAGGACUUCAAGGUGACGCUGCAGCAGCAGAGCUCCCUGGACCAGUGGGCGGCCUGGCUGGACAACGUGGUCAACCAGGUGCUGAAGCCCCACGAGGGCAGCGUCGGAUUCCCCCGCGCCGCACGCCAGUUCCUGCUCAAGUGGUCCUUCUACAGCUCCAUGGUGAUCCGGGACUUGACCCUGCGCAGUGCCGCCAGCUUCGGUUCCUUCCACCUGAUCCGCCUGCUCUAUGACGAGUACAUGUUCUACCUGGUGGAGCACCGUGUCGCCCAGGCAACCGGCGAGACGCCCAUAGCUGUGAUGGGAGAAUUCAGCGACCUCAACUCCAUGAUGCCUGUUCUGAUGGAUAAAGACCCCUCGUUCUCGGACGACAUGAGUGACCUGGGGAGCGACGGUGACGUGUCGCGAGGGCCCAGCGAGCCGGCCGUGAAGCGGGAGAGGAUCGAGCUCAACCACUCGCUGCAGGAGAUCUGAGCUGCUCCGCGCACACACACACACACACACACACACACACACACACACACACACACACACACACACACACACACACACACACACACACACACACUCGCAGUGACCAGCUGGCUUGUGUGCAUGUUCCCCACAGGCUCUUGUACCCUCGAACUGUGGGGAUGGUACAGCCAGCGUAUCUCUGGGUUCUGCAUUAUGCUGCAGGCCUGAGGGUGGAAGUGUGUGUGUGUUUGUGUUUGUGUGUGUGUGUGUGGGUGGUGUCCCUCACAGAAUCGAGCUGUGGUCGGCGAGAGAGAAGGGGGGGGCUGUGUGCUCUAGUUACCCACUCUGAUCUCUCGACACCCCCCCACUCCCCCCCUCCGCCCCGUGUUUGUGACUGUGAAUCUCUAGUACGUGUAUGAGUGCCGUUACUCUUGUUAUAGCUGUGCCAUAGCUAGUGGUUAUUCCAGUGCCUUAGAUCUAAAAAGGAAACGAAACAGCAGUCUGAUUAAAACAAACAACACAAACCCACAUCAACUCUACAGGGGCAGCUCUCUGUUAACCCCCCCCCCCCCCUCCCCCUCCUCCCCUCCCCCCUCCCCCUCCUCCCCUCCCCCCUCCUCCCCUCCCAGCUGUGCCUCUUAAUGCAGGAUGAAUGUAUGUUUUCAUAACCUCAAGGGAGAACGCUUUCUAAAGCACCUUCUAAACUUGUAGGAGACUUAGGACUAACUCACACACACACACACACGCACACACGCUGCACGUAGCUGAGCGCAUAUCAGUGGGACUAGUCAGCCCAAAGCACGCCUCUAAUCCCCCCCAGCCUGUAGAGGGCGCUCUCUCUCCCACUCCCCUGAGCCUCGUCUGCCCAAAGCACGCCUCGUCCCAUCUCCCCCACCCCAGCCUGCAGAGGGCGCUCUCUCCCCCGCCCCCCGAGCCCCUGUUGCUGCGCUGACUGCAGUAUGGAACCCUUGGCCAUAUGAGAUCACCCGCACAGCUGCGACCACUAGGGCGGCGCCACCUGUAUCUGCCCCAGAUGGCCAGCACACGUGUGGGGAACCUGCUCGGAGAAUUCAUCCAGUCUGCUUUCUGUCUCCCCUUUAAAAAGCUACUUUUCCUUUCUGCCUCACUCUUGAUUUUAAAGAAGCUAAUGUUUAUAUAUUUACGUAUGUAUUUAAAGUACAUAUGGCCUCAGCUAUGAUGUCAUCAACCUGAUUUUCUUUUUACGAACGUGUACCAGAGUAGUGUGGUUUUUAACACAACCAAUCAGGCCUGUUAUACGACGCACAUUUUUAAAGAGAUAGUUCCCAUUCCCGUGGGCCUUACACAGCUGAGUUCAACCCUGUUACGUUACGUUGCGUUACGAUUCGUGCCGGUGUACAUUUAACUGAUUUGAGUGACGGGACAGACAGUGGUUAUCAGUGAAUCCGUUCAGAGCACCACGACAUGUAAAUAUAUGACUUAUCUGGGAGGGGCCUUCAGGACGCAGGAGUUGAGUCCUGUCAACGUUUAGCGGCCUUAACCACAUCCUGCUUGACUCCUUAGCCACAUCCUGCUUGACUCCUUAACCACAUCCUGCGUGACUCCUUAACCACAUCCUGUUUGAUCCGUCGGAUCCGCUGGAGAAUCGGCUCUAGCCUGAUCUGAUCUGAUCUGAUCGUUAAAGACUGUGCAGCUGUUGGAGCGUCAUGAUGCCCAUCUCCUACAGGGGGCACUGCUCCCCACACGGUUGCAGCGUGCGUUGCCCAGGAUGCGUGUGGGUCCGGGGCUGCUGAUGGUCCUGACGGCUGCCCUGCCGUGAGCAGCUCCUCUGGGUCAGGAGGGAACAGAUAGACGUGGUGCAUCUGUAAAUCCCACACGGCCUAAUUAUUUACCUGCACGUGUUUGUCUGUACCCACAGCGUACUCCUGGGCAGAGCCUUUUUGAAUAAUAUGAUUUUUAAAGAGCUGAAUUAUUAGCUACGUUGGACCCCUCUGAUGUAUAAUAGUGAGUUUUCAAAAGUGAAAUCGAGAUUUGAGAUGUACGGAAAAAAAAAAAAAAAAAUAGAAUUGUUUAAAAAUAACAAGCUCCUUGAGCUUCUUGAUGGUUUUUGCAGUUCAGUUUUCAGACCUGUUGAAUGUGUUUGCUCUUGGUACCAGUCGGGUGGCUUUGGAUCGUCCCCAUAUCAGCACCCCUCUCCUCCGCGCCGCCUGGGCUCCUCUCCAGUCGCGGUGCCCAUGGGCAGCUGCUCCCAGAGCUCCCACGGCUGGCAACAAACCCAGAUUGUUUUUUGUUUAAAAAAAGAAAAAAAUGAAAAGAUGAGAUUUCUGAUGUGUGGACAUCCUUGCGUCCGGUCUGUGAAUAUUCCAACGGCUUCUUCUGAGUGAAGCGUGAAGCCUGCGCUUGCCCCUCGGUACCACAUGCCAACUGACCCUUGACCCCGUGCCCUCACACACCCCCCCUCCCUCCGCCCCGCGUAUUUAUUAGCGCCACUCCGGACACUACCCAUCCGCUCGGCCCAUUCCAAUAGUUGUAUGAUGUCUAAGUCCUGAACUAAAGAUUUGGUAAAAGCUUUUCUUAGUCCAUGUUUUUAACUUGUGCCUGUCACAGUAACUUGCCUUUAGAGUAUUUGGAAAAGGUAUUUUCUGUGUCAUUGUUUUUUUUGUAAUGCUGUUUAGACUUCUCUGGUUGAGGAUUAUUUUUAUUGGACUAGACUGAUUCUUCUCACAAGUAUAUUGAUACUUUAUUUUUGUGUAUUUUUAAACCUGUUCUUGACUUCUUCACCGGGCCAGAGAACAGAGACUCUGUAACAAACUGCAUAGUUCAAUUGUAUUUUGUACCGGUUCAAAAUAAAAUAAACUGGUGUAAGCCGCA